AUGCUGGCCAGGCCGGCAGAGGCCUUGCUAUUCGCCCUGCACAAGGAGGCGGACGAGGUCGCGGUCAGAAUGGUCAAGCACCUCAUGGCCGUGGCGCAGGUCCUUCCAACAAUUCGACCUCAGGUUUCCCAGGCGGAGGUAGCGGAUAUCCAAGCAGCGGUGGCCGCGGUGGUCGACCAUCCCAACCCAAGAUCUUUGCGUAAGAAAUCCCCUCAUCAUCCUACCGGCCCCCCGGCUCAUCCUGACGCCGUCGUCAAGAAGAUUGAAGACGAGACGGCAAAGAACAUAGCGUCCACACAACUUCAAGCAAGACUCCCUCUCAGACCAGGUUACGGAACCCAAGGAAAAGAAGUCCUUUUAUGGGCAAACUACUUCAAGGUCUUGGUAGACAACCAGCCACUGUAUCUAUACAGCAUUGAGGUGCAAGCCAACAACAAUGAGAGAAAGCCUCAAGGCAAGAAGAUGAAACGCAUUGUGGAGCUGCUCUUGGAAUCACACCUGGCUGCAUCCCGCGCGAAUAUCGCCACGGACUUUAAGUCCAGGCUUAUUAGCAGGGAUAAGCUAACCCUUGCUCCAGGCUACGGCGUCACUUACCGAGAAGAUGAUCAAGGUCAAGUUGGGAGCAAUGCCAGGCAUUACAAUGUCCAACUGAAGUACUUUGGAACAAUAAGCGCGGCGAACCUGUUGGACCAUUUAACAUCCACCAACGCCAGUACCACGCCUCCUAGCCGGGAGACUCUCAUUCAAGCCUUGAAUAUCAUUGUUGGGUAUGGGCCAAAGGCUGCGUCCCACAUCGCAUCUCUUGGGAUGAAUCGUCACUUUGAUUUAACGACUACUCAGACGGCCAGUCUUGAUAUCGGACUCACAGCCGUCCGUGGGUUUGCCUGCUCAAUUCGGGCCGCUACAGGCGGACUCAUAGCGAAUGUUCAGGUCAAUCAUACAGCCUUCUACAAUGAAGGAAACCUGGCGCAACUCAUGGUCAAACUACUGGACCAGAGAAGCAAGUUCGAGCUUGCAAAGUUUCUACACAAGGUCUCGGUCAAGGCUACGCACACGUCUCCCUCGAAAGUCAAGACCAUUGCCGGCCUCGCAACCAGAACGGAUGGUGCUAAGCUGCCACACCCACCUCAGGUGCCCGAGUUUGGUGCGAAUCCGCAAGCCGUCAAAUUCUGGUUGGCAAAUGAAGUUACCGGCCAACGUGGAAGCCCUGCUACAGCGGGACGAUACAUCAGCGUGCACGACUUCUUUCGCGAAAAGUACAAUCGAAGAAUCCAGUACCCGAAGCUCCCAGUAAUCAACGUCGGUACAGCCCAGGACCCUGUCUUCAUCCCGCCCGAAUUUUGCAACAUCAUUGCUGGCCAGGCCUACCGCAUGAUGUUGAACCCACUGCAGACAGACAAGAUGAUCAGAUUCGCUUGUCGAGAACCAAACCUCAACGCCCAAUCCAUCACCGGUGAAGGCGCUCGGAUGCUUGGCUUUGAAGGCCUGGGAAGCCCGACUCUGGUAGGUGGUCCAUCCUCUUUAGAGCCCAGAUGCCCGUUUGCUGACAUUGGUACUUUAGCAAGCCUUCAACAUGCAGAUUACUCCGAGGAUGAUGGCAGUGCCCGGUCGUGUCCUGGCAACCCCAUCGUAAAGUAUGGCGGUGGUAGGGCGGUAAACGUCAGCAACAGCCGCUGGAAUUUACAGAAUAUCAAGCUGACUCAAGCUUCCAAGCUUGAGUCAUGGACCUAUUGCUGGGUCCAGUGGAAGCCGGCGCGACAAGCCCCAUGGCGAGACGAGGAGGCAUUCCGACGUACUCUCGAUGUUUUCGCAAAAGCACUCCGGAAUGUGGGAAUUCAGUGUGGUGACUGUGUCAAGGGCAGAAUCGCUGAAGUGACGCAAAAUGACCUGAGCUCGAUUGAUGAGACCUUGCACCAAAUCACCACCAGCACAUCUAGCCCACCGAAGCUGGUCCUCGUGAUCCUCCCCGCAAAGAACCAAGAGAUGUACAAGAGAUUCAAGUACGUGUGCGAUAUCAAAGAAGGAAUCAUCAACGUGUGCGUUGUGGCUGCCAAAUUCGUCCGGCAGGACGCCCAAACCUUUGCCAACGUGGCUCUGAAGAUCAACCUCAAGUUGGGCGGCCGCAACCAAGCUUUGGACCCGGCCAAGUUGGGUCUCAUAGCCGAAGGCAAGACCAUGGUUGUAGGUCUUGACGUGACACAUCCAUCCCCCGGGUCUUCACCCGAUGCCCCCAGCGUGGUGGCUAUUGUCGCCUCGGUUGAUAGACUGCUUGCCCAGUGGCCGGCGAAGCUCGCCGUUCAAGAUGGACGCAAGGAGAUGGUUUCAAAUCUCAAAGCGCUGAUGAAGUCGCGCCUUGGUCUUUGGAGCGAUAGUAACAACGGCCAGUUACCCGACAAGAUCCUCCUCUAUCGUGAUGGUGUCUCGGAAGGCCAGUACCAACUAGUCCUGGAUUCGGAACUACCACAUAUUCGGGCAGCGUGCCGAGAGAUGUAUCCUGCCGAUCACACCAGACAGGGCCUACCACUGAUAACCAUCAUCGUGGUGGGCAAGCGACAUAAUACUCGGUUCUACCCUACCACACUGGCUCAAGCCGACCGCAAAGGUAAUCCUCAGAACGGGACGGUGGUGGAUCGGGGGGUGACCGAGGCGCGCAACUGGGACUUUUUCAUGCAAGCCCAUAGCGCCAUUCAGGGAACUGCGCGGCCGGCCCAUUACUAUGUCGUUCACGAUGAGAUCUUCCACAAGCGCACGGGGCAGAGUCCGUUCAGAAACGCGGCUGAUGCUCUCGAGGAUGUGACGCACAACAUGUGCUAUCUUUUCGGCCGAUCAACCACAGCGGUGAGUGUUUGCCCACCAGCAUACUACGCGGAUCUGGUGUGUAACCGAGCCCGAGGGUAUCUGGCCGACUGUUUUGAGCCGGCAGCGAGUGCAAGUGGCAGUGUGGCGGGAGGAGGAGGUGGGACGAGAAUGUCGACGCAAGAGAUGGUGACGAUGCACGACAACGUUCGUGAUAGCAUGUUCUACAUCUGA